AUGACCUCCUUCACCGUGCUCUCGGAAGUCAGGCAGCCUGUUCAGCUUGAUGUCAAGGGUGAUCUGCCCACCUGGAUCAAUGGCACACUUCUGCGCACCGGUCCGGGACAGUAUGAAGUCGACUCAAAGACGAGCGGCGGUACGGUCAAGAUGAAGCACUGGUUUGACGGCCUCUCCAUCAAUUCGGCCUUCACUAUCAAAGAUGGCAAGGUCACCUAUCGAAGCCGCUACUCGACCGACGCUCUCAAAAAGUCCAUCGAGUCGCUCGGUCGUUAUCCUUCGGUCUCGUUUGGCGAGAUCGAGCCUUGCCGGCGUCUAUUUAGCAAGCUCUUUACAGUCUUUCGAUCGGACGAACGCUCUCCGGAUCCAUCCAGUGUCAACGUGGGCGUGACGAUCGCGCCAGAUGUUCCUUGGGCAAAAGACGACUUGUCUGGCAUCGUCGUCAAGACAGACUCCAACUCGCUCAUGGUCAUCGACCCCGAGACGCUCGAGCCCAGAACCGCAUUCGACUACAGCCGCGUGGACGCCAAGCUUGAUGGAGAGCUCGCGCCCGCGCAUUCUCACCAGGACGGCGAUGACUAUUUCUCAUACGUUUCCAAAUUUGGCCCCAAGGCUGGCUACAAGGUCUUCAAGAUCGAUGGCUCCGGCAAGGCGACCAUCCUCGCCACCAUCACAGAUGCACCGAUGGCAUACAUACAUUCCUUCUUCCUGACGAAGAAGUAUGUCGUCCUGUGCGUCUGGCAAUGUGACUUUGCAGCCCUGGGCCUGCCAGUGCUCUGGCACAAGAAUGUCAUCAAUUCCUUCAGAGGCUGGGAUAAGCAUCGCUCUGCCUACUUCUAUGUCAUCGAUCGAGCUGCCAAAGGAGUUGUUGCAAAGCGCAAAGCACCCGCCUUCUUCGCUUUCCAUUCGGUCAAUGCUUUUGACGAUCCGUCCGAAGAAGGCACGCUGCACUGCGAUGUGUCCGCCUAUGAUACAAACGCAAUGCUCGAAGCCCUCAGCAUCGAAAACAUGGAGAACCUCGAAAAGCAUGCCAAGCUGCUCAACAAGGCAAAGCCAGAUGGUCUCAGACGAUACACCCUGAGAGGCAUCGGCUCCGAGACUGCUCCUCCCAAUGCCGAGAUCUCUCAUCCAUGCGGCAAGGGGAUUUACUUCGAGCUGCCCGUCACUGCUCCCGCAGUCCGUCAUUUGCCAUAUCGAUUCGCUUACGGCAUCUCCCGAGAAGGCGCGGUCGACACGAUCCUAAGCGGUAGCAUUCUCAAGCUUGAUCUCGCCACAGGGAGGUCGAUUCACUGGGUUGCGCCCGACAAGGGGAGUCCAGGCGAGCCUAUCUUCUUGCCACGACCGGGCGGCAAGACGGAAGACGAUGGCGUUUUGCUUGUCGUCGUUUUCCAGGAUGGCAUGUCUCACCUCGUCGUACUUGAUGCGACCACAAUGACAGAAAUCGCAUCUGCCGACAUCAAUGCUUGCGUCGGCCUGGGUUUCCAUGGUUCCUUCGCUCAAGCAAGUCUCUGA